CCUAUUCUUCUUCUCUCUCGCGAGGGACUGGGAAUCUAUUUUACAGAAGGAAAGAAAACCUGCAAGGAAUCUACGGAUGAUUCAAAGCUGAUUCCUCGCUGCGUUAAUGCCAAAAAUAUGAUAGAACAAAAAUACUCCGUCAUUUUUUUCCUUCCCUGUAGCGGCCAAACUCAGAGUAAAUUUGGCCGAUAGGCUUCCCGUGGACGGCAGCAGACUCGGAUCUUCAUCCUCUCGCAUUGGAAAUCUAAAUCUGGUAUUCAUCAGGGAAGCCGAAAUUCUAAAGAGCCCGUAUCACGAGGCUAUGAUGAAAAUGUUCACUUUGUCGCUGACCCAAUUGAUCAGGAUUGGGUCAACGCAUACUGUAAUGUGGCGGGGCAGGCAUGCCAACGAGCAUCUCUGCAGCCAUUGCGUGUCGGAACUCGGAACAAUCAUCCCCAGCAUUCAAAUCUGAGCCUCAUACACUCUUUUGAUACUGCUUGAUAUUGAACUCUGGCCUUUUAAAAUAUACUUCCCAUUUUGUUGCCUUUUUUCAUUGUAUUUUCAGUGGAAAAGAACAUUACUUCGUGAAAACGAUGGAUUCUGAGAUGGUCAUUCUAUUUUGUACCUUUAUUUCUAGGAAGCAUAUGGCCGCAUCCUUGCAGAUUAGAUCGUUUUCUUGGUUAGAAUGCAAAAGAACUUAUCCAAGGCUGAUUCCUAGCUGCGUUGAUUUCGCUGUUGGACUGUCCCGCUUGGAGAUCGGCAGUGCAAUUGGUAUGUCGAGCAAAUAAGCUUCACACAACUCAAACAUCAUGGAGGUGUAUAUCACAGUAUCAAGAACAAGCCAUUCGUUCUCCAUCAAAUCAAGGGCUUCUCUCUAUGUUCUCUUGAUGAGGAAGUUGUAGGUAUACAUCUAUCAAGUUUUGAUGAAUUUCCUGAGAAGGGAAAUGGGAGCAGUGGAAGAUGACAACACUAGGGAGCUGAGCUGUGUACCCAAACAUGACACUCAAGUAUCAAAUUGAGUUCUCAGCUUGAUAGGGUUAAAAAUAGCAGCUCGCGGAUGUUCGUCCAAGAAGUGCUUUGUAUGCUUCCUGGCUUGGGUUAGUAGGAAUAAUACCCAAUUUGACUCGAACCGUCGUGGCCUUCUUAGCGCUAGAAGUAGUGUUUUCUCUAGAAUCUUUGGAUCUGUUGGCACAUUGAAAUUCAACAUGUGUUCUGCUUCCACACUGUUUGGAGCACCCCUAUGUGGCUUACCGUUAGCAUGUUCAAGAAAUUAGAUGGCAGUGGUCUUUGAUGCAUUAGUUCGAGAAUGUGCAGAGCAUUGGUGGCUGCUUUUCGGUACAUGCAUCCAUGGAAAACCUUGAGUAGUGCAGAAAACUAUCUGAUUGCCUUCAACCUCCCCAAUAUAUUCUUCACUCCCAUGAUUAUAAAGGUUGAAGGCUUUUCCAAUUCCUUAUUCUUCGCAUAUCCAUUCGUAAAUCUCCAUCGCAUCCUUCAUCCCUGAUUAUUCUCCAAAAAUACACGGAUUUUUCACUUGAUUUCAUCGCUGAAGGAAAGGAAUUCAUCAUGGACUCCAUCAUCAAAGGACGUUCUCCAAAUUUGCUUGAUUUUAGACUAGAAGGUAAUUCAUUUCCGAUUAAAAGAAUAUGGAAGAUCUUGCUCAUCAAUUAUUCAAGACAGGUAAGUUUUCGGUGAACGCAUCGCUUUAGCCUUUGAUUUCAAUUCGAUUCUUCAAAGCUGAUAGAUUCUUUGACUUUGAUUCUAAUUUAAUUUUUCGAAGCAUGUCGAUUAAUUUUAACCUUACAUGGCAGAAUUUUGAUGUUUGGUCGAUCCUAGAGCAUAAUUUAGCAUGUUUUUUUAAAUCCUGGAGUAUAAUCUACCCCUGACAAUCAAUUGAAUGAUCUAAUAAUUAAGUAGAAUUCAAUCAAUCUACCCCUGCAUUUGAUGGUGAAUCAAAACUACAAAUCUUGAACGAGAAUUACCGCAUUCCAGAAUUACCAAAAUACAGCACCGCCAUUGUAGACCUUAUUCGGGAUAUGUUACAAUCUUCGCCAGAUGCCCGACCAGAUAUCACGCAGGCAAGCGCUUUGAUCGAUUGGACAUUCAUUUGCAUGAAUUUAGGUGUGGUUUCGUGCUAACAAUUUGUUACCCGAUGGGCUACAGAAAUCAUUGCCUGAUAGAGCUCCGGAAAUGAUGCAACAAGUGGCUGAUUUGCACGUUGGUACUCCAAAAACAGCAACCAAGACAAAUCCAGUACCUCGAAGAACUCCACCACCACCUCCCCCUUCUGCUGGAGAGACAAACCGUAAUUCACCACAGUCUCAUAACCCUGGGAUGCAUGGGGCCAAUGACACUUUAGGUGCUUUUUGGAACACUGAACAUGCAAAGAAUGUAGUCCCAGAUGUCAAAACUAGACCUAGAAAACUUCCAAACGCCUAUUCUUCCAAUCUUCCCAUCUCUAAGCGCGAUCGCCGAGCCAAAUCUUUUGCCACAAAUAUGCGGAUUCUUCGCAAUAGAUCUCGCCGAAGGAAAGGAAAUCAGCACCAGAAUCGAAGGGAAGUCAAAAUUCGCUGAUUCUUCGCGGAUUCUUCGCGUCAAUUAUGAAAUCUAUGGCGUCAAGAUCCGCUUAUUCAUUAGCGUCAAUUCGAGAUUCAGAAAUAGAAGCUAGACGAUUUGAUUCUUAUGCUGAAAUAGAAGCCGGACAUUAAAUAUGAAGUUAGUUCGUUCUCAUUUUGAUUAAUGCAAGAUUGCAAGUGGAGUUCAUCUGACUAAUGGUUUCAAGCAGUGACCUGCAGUUCUCUUUUGAAGUAUGCUUUCUUAGUUCUUUAAAUUUUAUAUUUGCACUGUUGGCAUUUAAUAAGUACUUUAAAAAGUAAGUACUUAUGGUUUAUUUUUUGUUUAACAAUUAGAUCAUCAAUGUUGAGUAGAAUCCCUAUUGGUCUUGGCUUAAUCUGAUUCCGAAUUGUGAACCACAUUAAUUGUAUGUCAAUAUUUCUCUCCACCAAAAUGCUCUUAAUAUAUAAAUAUUAUAUAUUUUGGUAAACUAUCUGCCCCUGCAUCGCAUGGGUAUGAAAAUAUGGAGCAUUGGCUGUAUAUUUGUUGUGGUUCUAAGUGGAGUAUACUCCUUUGAUAUAUGGAGCUUUGUUGAGGUUCAAAGUGGAGAGCCUAUAUUCCUUGGCUAAAAUAUAAAUCAUCAACUAGAUUUAAUCACAAACCUUCUUGGCACACCUUCAAUGAAUAUAUCUAUAAGCAUAUGUCAUUGAUACUCCAAAUCAGAAACGCCAUUCGAGAUAUUCUUUAUUUGUUUGAUACAUUCGAAGAUUUGUAUGUUACUCAUCAUUCUUUAGAGUUUAUUUUCACGCUUUAGUUAAGUCUAUAUUUUUUUUAUUCGUUUUCAUAUUAAUAUAAUAUUGUUUAUAAUCGAAUGAUUAGAAGUAUC